AGUGGCUGAAUCAGCGGUAGCUGCUGUUCAUUCAACAAGCCGCUGCGGUUUAAAGUGUUUUCUUGUUUUCUUUUUAACAAGACACCCGGCCGGUGCAGGCCCCUGAAAACUCUGGUUUUAUUCGGACUGUCGGAGGGCAGGCAUGGCUGGUCGGCUCCCCGCGUGCGUUGUUGACUGUGGAACUGGGUACACAAAGCUCGGCUAUGCUGGAAACACAGAGCCACAGUUCAUCAUUCCUUCAUGUAUUGCGAUCAAAGAGUCGGCCAAGGUGGGCGACCAGGCGCAGCGCAGGAUGAUGAGAGGAGUCGACGAUCUGGACUUUUUCAUCGGAGAUGAAGCCAUCGAGAAACCUUCGUACGCUACAAAGUGGCCGAUCCGUCACGGGAUCGUGGAGGACUGGGACCUGAUGGAGAGGUUCAUGGAGCAGGUCAUCUUCAAGUAUCUGCGGGCAGAGCCUGAAGACCAUUACUUCCUGCUGACGGAGCCUCCUCUCAACACGCCUGAGAACAGGGAGUACACGGCAGAAAUCAUGUUCGAGUCCUUCAACGUCCCGGGCCUCUACAUCGCUGUUCAGGCUGUCCUGGCGCUGGCUGCCUCCUGGACAUCCAGACAGGUGGGGGAGCGGACGCUGACGGGGACCGUGAUCGACAGCGGAGACGGAGUCACGCACGUCAUCCCGGUGGCUGAAGGCUACGUCAUCGGCAGCUGCAUCAAACACAUCCCCAUCGCCGGGCGAGACAUCACCUACUUCAUCCAGCAGCUGCUGAGGGAGCGCGAGGUGGGCAUCCCUCCGGAGCAGUCGCUGGAAACGGCCAAGGCUGUUAAGGAGCGGUUCAGCUACGUCUGCCCUGAUCUUGUUAAGGAGUUCAGCAAGUACGACAGCGACGGCUCCAAGUGGGUCAAACAGUACACGGGCGUGAACGCCAUCACCAAGAAGGAGUUCACCAUUGACGUUGGAUACGAGCGCUUCCUUGGCCCCGAGAUCUUCUUCCACCCCGAGUUUGCCAACCCCGACUUCACCCAGCCCAUCUCAGAGGUGGUGGAUGAAGUCAUCCAGAACUGCCCCAUUGACGUCAGGCGUCCUCUUUAUAAGAACGUCGUGCUCUCCGGUGGUUCCACCAUGUUCAGGGACUUCGGCAGGCGCCUGCAGAGGGACCUGAAGAGGACCGUGGAUGCACGGCUGAAGAUCAGCGAGGAGCUGAGCGGCGGCAAGUUGAAGCCGAAGCCCAUCGACGUUCAGGUUGUCACCCACCACAUGCAGAGGUACGCCGUGUGGUUCGGAGGAUCGAUGCUCGCAUCCACCCCGGAGUUUUACCAAGUGUGCCACACCAAGAAGGAUUACGAGGAAAUCGGGCCGAGCAUCUGCCGUCACAACCCCGUGUUCGGAGUCAUGUCUUAAAUGUCGGCGCGUGGCGCUCCACAAAGGAACGAGAAGGAAAAAUGAUACAAAAUUUUAAAAAGACGAGAAGUGCCGCAACGUGCUGCUGAAGUCCUACGAGUCUUUGCGCAGAUGCUUCAGCAGACCUGAACAUAACGACAAUGGACCAAACUACCGGGGGGAAAAAAGUCCUUGCAAAUGAUGAGACGACUCAACCCAAAGUAUCCUCGGAUAAAAUGUUUACUGCAGGGAGGUGAUGACUCUUCAUUUUUGCGUGCCUCGUCCAUUUAUCUUUACAGGGUUAAAACAAAUCAACAUGGGCUGGGUUCUUUGCAUUGCAUUAUGUACUUUAUAAAAUAAAUAAAAAACAACGGAGUGAAACAUCGUUUGUCCAAGUGGUGCCAAACAUAUUG